CAGCCGGCCAAAAGAUAUCCGCAAUCACAUGAGAAUUGAGCCUCCUCCUGCUGACCUUCGUCGUCGUCGUCGUCGUCGUCGUCUUCUUCUUCUGUUGCUGUUUGUGUAUGCUCAUGUCCAUCUUAUUCUCUAUCUAAGACCGCUCGGUGCACAGGCACAGGCUAUCCAGGGAAACCUCUUUGUGAAAGAUCUUCUGUCGUUCAUUUGCUACUGCCAACUAUCUUGUCCCCGCCAAUCGCCAACCAGCGUCCGUCCUAACGCCUGUUAAACUCUGCUGCCUUAAAUAAAGCCACAUGCCACUCUCGCCCUCUCCCCGCCAUCCGCUCGAACACUCUCAUCAAGUUUUGCUCUGACAGAAAAGACAGAUCAAGAACAGAAGACACGAAAAGGACUGAGCGGGCAGUAUAAAAAUAAUAAAAAAUAAAUAAAGGAACAAAAAACUAAAACCAGCAAUUUCCUUGGUCUACAAUAAUCCUAUCCAACCGUCCCAGCGGCCUGACUCAGUGUGCCCCGCCGAGGCAGCCUAUUUGAUCCCUGGUAGAAAAUUCUUUCCCGUGUGUACUUCUUCGGCACUCGCCCCUUGCCCCUUCAGUUUCACACAUACGGACAUAUUAUUACCACCGCUAUACAUUUAUAUAUAUAUACAUAUAUCUAUAUAUCUAUAUAUAUACCUCUUCAUAUAUACAACCCGCCGCUUCUUGUCCUACCAAUUACACUCUGUCGUCUCUUAUUCUAUCUUCUCCGUUCCAGUAUACUUCCAUGCCCCGACGGUAGUUCCCGACGUUGACUGGUCUGGAGGUGCGCUGUGGAGGUCGCCUAGAGCAGCCCUUCAGAAGAGAGAGAUCAAGCGAGAGGGGCAGAGAGUGAGACGGAGAGAGAAAGGGAAAAGAGACAGAGAGAAAGAGCGAAGCCGCGAGCGCCAGUUGACAUUUUGUUUAUCCGAAUCCGAAUUGACGAUAGCAACAACACGUCAAUGGUCAUAACCAAAACCGGCUCAUCCAACCCUUCGUAGCAGAACACGCACCCCUCCCUCCCUGCAAUAUGGACGGCCAUGACCUCCAAGAUGGUGCGGACAAUGAUCUCCCUAAACCCCAACAAUCAUUUCCCGCACUUUCGCCCAUGCCCUCGGCCGAUAAUCAGCCCCCAACCCUGCGUCGUGUCUCUGACAACCCCACCAUAAUGAGCCCUUCCUCCACCCCUCUUGGUCACGUCAAUGCCGCUCGGAAGCCACCUGUUCCUCCUCCUACCUCUACCCCACGAUCCAGCGGCUUGAACCAGGAUAUCCAGGCAAAAAUGAAGGCAUUCUCACUUUCCAGGCAAGGUGUCCGCCCAGGAGCGAACCCACAGUCGUCACCAACAACAAAUAACCCCCGUACUGGAAAUCCCAUAGUGACUGCUGCGGUUCAGGGAGGUCCACUUGUCGGCGGUAUUCCUUCCACCACUAGCCGGAGCACUCCUUCCCCGGUAGUUGGUGGUGCUAUCCCGCCAGGUAUAGGCAGAUUAACCUCACAUUCAGCCCCUGGGUGGCCGUCGCAUCCUCCUACACCUACCCCGAACACGCCAAUGCAGCCCAAAAUGGGUGGUCUGGCUGCAAAAAGAGGGUUAAACCGUGGAAUGAAACUAUCCGAUGCUUCGGGACCUCCAAAGGGCCGCGCAACGCCAGGGCAGCCGGGAAGUCUCCCUGGUGCGAACGAUGCCUCGCAGGGCGCUGGAGGACCUACUGAGACACAGUUUAGCAAGUACUCGGAAUUUGUGGAUACCAAAUCGGGCACUCUGAAUUUUAGGAACAAGGCCAUUAUACAUAGUGGCGGCAUCGAUUUUACCUCGGGCAGCAGUUUCAGCAUAUCUCUAGACGAAGUUGAUACUCUUGAUGAACUGGGCAAAGGGAACUACGGCACCGUCUAUAAGGUUCGGCACUGUCGUCCGCAUUUGCGAAGACCUGGUUUGGGUUUGCGGGGUGCCGUCUCAAGACAAUCUGGGGCUCAGCCUACACAAGCCUCUAACGACCCUGAUUCUAAUACUACCUCCAACGUGAUAAUGGCUAUGAAGGAGAUUCGCCUCGAGUUGGACGAGGCGAAAUUCACUGCUAUUAUUAUGGAGCUGGAUAUCCUUCACCGCUGCGUAUCGCCGUUUAUCAUCGAUUUCUACGGUGCGUUUUUCCAGGAAGGCGCAGUGUAUAUUUGUGUGGAAUACAUGGAUGGUGGAUCUGUGGAGAAGGUCUACGGCGAUGGGAUUCCAGAGAACAUCCUUCGGAAAAUCACCUUGUCUACCGUCAUGGGCCUGAAGUCCUUGAAGGACGAACAUAACAUCAUCCACCGUGACGUCAAACCGACUAAUAUCCUAAUCAACACCCGCGGCCAGAUUAAGAUUUGCGACUUUGGUGUCAGCGGGAACCUGGUGGCUAGUAUCGCGAAGACAAACAUCGGCUGCCAGAGUUAUAUGGCCCCCGAACGGAUUGCGGGAGGCGGUCCCACCGCUGGCGGUGGGACGUACAGUGUGCAGAGUGAUAUCUGGAGUUUGGGCCUGACGAUAAUCGAAUGUGCUAUGGGUCGCUAUCCAUAUCCACCUGAAACGUUCAAUAACAUCUUCAGCCAGUUGAACGCCAUUGUCCACGGCGACCCUCCCAAACUACCCGAGCGCGGUUACUCGUCCAAAGCCAAAGAUUUCGUACAGAGCUGCCUGAACAAAAACGCAUCCCUUCGACCCACCUACGCCAUGCUCCUUCGCCACCCCUGGCUAUCCAGCCUGAUGCAGCCGCCUGAGAACCACCGUCCAACCGAGAAAGAUAAUAAUGAUGAUGAUGAUGCCAAAACCGACGGUGACAAACCCAAUGACAAUGACACCGACGUUACCAGCAAGAAAAGUUCGUCUAAACCACGACCAUCUUCUCUCUUCGAAACGGCCGAUGAGGAAGUCGCUAGAUGGGUUGUUGAUGCGCUUGACCGUCGUGCAAGAGGCGUCAUGGGCAAUCAGCAACGGCCAGCGUUGCAUGCCGUGGCCCUUGAUGCGGUGCCGGGGAGUCCGCUAUUGGAGGAUCCGUCGUCUUUACCAUCACAGUGAGAAAUAAUGAAGGGACGUGGAAUAUGGAUGGUCAGGUAGGGAUCAGAGUAUACGAUUUUUGUUGUUUGGGGAAGGAUUGAGGUUUGUAAAAGGAGAUUUGGAGAGGUGGAAUUUGAAAAUAAGAAAUGUCGUACCUGAGUACAAAAGAGGGUAUUGAACGGCAUAUAUAUAUAUAUAUAUAUAUAUAUAUGCAUAUGAAGUUGCGUGUAUAUAUAUGCAAGACACAUAUGUAUACGACAUGAUGUUUCCACGGUAUCGUGCGGAUAAUUAUCAACGACCGGGCUGAAUUAAUUUCCACACUGCUAAAGAACGAGAGCUGGUGGUUGGUGUAGGCGAAGGAAGCGACGGUGCAGAGUUGGAUGAAGUGCAGGACAAAUAGAUAGACAGACGGACAACUGAAAGAAAGGCACGAAACGAAAUGAAAGUAUGAAAACUGCGCUGGCGCGGGAAUGAUGGAUUUUUCCUUUUUCUCUUUCCCUUGAUGGUUCUGUUUCCCUCCCGUUUCUCUCCUUUUCUUUCUUUUUUUGUUUUGUAUUGGUUUUAUUGAUGCCCUUCUCCUUUUUUUUCAACCUAUUCCUCUCCGAUUUAUAUAGUUCUAUCACCCGAGAGGAUGUGGGGAGCCUGAAGUUUGGGAUACGCUAUUUGAGCCAUUUAUUGCUUCCUUGUCGACCAGCGUCUUUCUUUGCUUGCGCUUUUUAGUUUUUCAUCUCUAGGCAAAGGUGGUGGAUAUUUGUUUUUACAUAUCUGUUUCCUGUUCCGAGGGCUAUUCGUUUCUCCCUUCUUUCUCACUUUCCUCAUUCGGGACGCCCGUUACUUUGGCGUGCCCAUGGUUCAUAUAUAUUGUAUAUCCAUUCCCCUUCCCAUGUUCUUCUCCUUGGGAGCUUUUUCUCUUUUCUCUUUUUGUUCGCUAUUCCCAGCAAGGUGACAUACUACACAUACAGACAUAUAUGAUUGAGUGUGUUCAUAUAUCCGUAUAUUAUAAUAUAUUCUCCGUUGCCUUCUGUUUUCUUCUUUUUCUUCUUUUCCCUUCUACUUACUUCUUAUUCUAACUGGCGGACUUGUGUUAGUAUAGAAUUUAUUCCCGUUGUAAACACUACAAGAACUUUUUAUUUUUAUUCUUAUUGAUUUGAUUAUUGAUUUGAUUUUUUGAUUUUUGCCCCAUAUGCAUUUAGCCCUGGCUGUUCGUCCUAUCUGAUCUCUCGUUCAAUUAAUUUAUGCACGUUCGAAGGCUAUUAUUAUUUGCAGUUUGGUUUGUGUGGGGGAUGGAAUUGAACGAUAUAUACCGAUAAAUACAUAUUCUCUGCUCUUCCUAAUUAAGAUAGUAUAUCUGUAUUUAUUUUGGUUUAUGAAUUUACCAUCCUCAAGAAUGAUUCUUCC